CUCGCCGGCUCGCCGUAGCCGUAGCCUGCAAGCCGCGUGAGCCAGAGAGAGUGAGUCCUCCUUGGCCGCCCGCCGCGGUGGUGGAUUGGAACGUCCACGCUCGCGGGAUUCGGAGACGUCACAAUGGCUCAGAAUGUUCAGAACGUUACGCUGUCUCUCACGCUGCCCAUCACUUGCCACAUUUGCCUGGGAAAGGUCCGUCAGCCUGUCAUCUGCACCAACAAUCAUGUCUUCUGCUCCAUUUGUAUAGAAGUGUGGCUGAAGAAUAACAGCCAGUGUCCUGCUUGUAGGAUCCCAAUUACCCCUGAAAAUCCCUGCAAAGAGGUCCUAGGAGGAACAAGCGAAAGCAAUCCAGUGUUUAGCCCCACGAUCAGGAAACAGCUCCGCAAAACAAGGCUUGAGAUACUGCACAAAGAAUACGAGGAUGAGAUCGAAUCUCUGCAGAAAGAGGUGGAAGAGAUGAAAGAGAAAAACUGCAGCUUGGAGUCCCAGCUCAAAUCUGUCCUGCAGCCCUUAACAGUGGAUGUGUCUGACAAAAACCGGGAGAGUCCUCAACUCUCAGAUGAGGAGCACAAAGUUGAUCCUGAGACUUUGGCAACGUGGACUCAGAAGCUUCAGGCUGCAAAUGAUAUGUAUGAAAAAGCGAAGGACGACAUGGACAAGUUAACCGAGGUAAAUAAGAAACUGAGGCUUGAAAACGGGAGCCUUGUGAGGGAGAACUUGCGGCUAAAGGCUGAGGUUGGAAGCCGAUCGCCCCAGAAAUAUGGGAGGUUUACUGUAGCAGCACUUCAGUCCAAGCUUGAACAGUGCGAGCGUGAAACGAACCGGCUUAAGAAAGCCCUGGAAAGAAGUGACACCUAUAUAGAAGACCUGGAAUCCCAGGUCUCUCAGCUAAAGAGGGAACGUGACCAGAGAAAAAAUGCACAAUCUGAAACUGAUGUCUCUGUUCCCAUGGAGGAGAAGGAGAGCAAAGUUGCACCCAGUGAAAUUGUGCUGUUGGAAAGUCCAGAAGAGCACACAGAACAAAACUGUUUAUGUGCUAGUCAUGGUUCUGACGAUCUUGAGCAGUCAACGGGUAGUGGACUAUUAAGCACCAACAAUGAUGUAUGCUUAAAUUCAACCAGUCAGGGCUGUUCAGACGAAUCUGUGGCCCAGGGCUCUUCUGGAAGGGAUGUUUUUACAGGCUCACAGGAGGGGCUCUUGGAUAUUGCAGGCUCUGAUAUGGACACCUGUUCAGAGCAAACAUGGGAUAAAAUUGAAGACAGUGUACCAUAUAAAGAAGAACUUUAUGAACUUCCAGAUCCAUGCACACCAUUGUCACUCAGUUGCCUCCAGUUGAACACUCCCAACAACAAGGAUGAUUCUACAGUGAAAGAAGAAAGUCCAAGAGAGCCAUCUAACUUCCUCAGGAAACUGGAAUUUGAGGAUUUUGAUGAGGCAUCGGACGACUGUAAUAAAGACUCCCCAGAGCACAGUGCAAGCAGCUGUGAGAGCAGUGACAACAAAGCAACUUGUUUUGCAACUGACAAACCGGUGUUUUGGAACAGGUGCCAAUCCCACUAUGAAGAGAACGUGGACUUUGAAGGCUCAGAGCCAAAUGCGAUCUCAAAUGACUCGGGUGAAUCUUCAUCAAAAUCCAGUGACAAAAUGCACAAUCCAACCGUGCCAAAGAAGCUACAUGCUAUCCGUUCUUCAGAAAUGAACCGCACCAGAACAUCCAGCGAGGCAUCUAUGGAUGCGGCCUACCUUGACAAAAUCUCUGAACUGGAUUCCAUGAUGUCAGAAUCAGACAAUAGCAAGAGUCCUUAUUAUCCCCCCAAAUCGUCUUCUGACCUGGAUAAUACUUGCAAGUCGACGCAGUCUCCUGAUCUUUUAAAUGAAAAAGAGAAGAAUAUGAAAGAAAGGAAAGAGCAGAAUUCUCUCAAAUGUCCCCUGCCAGCAGAUCAUUCAGAAGAGGGGAACGAGUGGAAAUCUGCUGCUUUUUCAAUCCUUUCUCCCACAGCCUUAGAUGUAGCUGAGCCUUUUCCACUUUUUGCAGGCCGGACUUCUGAAAUGAAUGAAAUAAAACCUCAGAGUUUCUUAUUUCAAAGAGAGCUUUCUCCAAGCUUUCUCUUUAACAACUCUCGAGGGGGAUCGUUUGAAGACCAGAAACUUGGGUCUCCUCUAUUUAAAGUGGCACCUGAGCUGGAAAACCUCCAUAACCAACUCCAGUCUCCUUGGUCAUCAUCCUUCAUACCAGACAGGAAAGCCAAAAAUAUGCACACCUCGGCAAAAAGGAAAAUUCACAGUAGCCUGUCUAGCGCCAGUCCAUCAAAAACCACCAAGAACUGAUUCCCUUGUUGACUUUUCUUUUUCUAAGAAUAAAUUUAGUGCCAACGUGAAAAUCCACCCCCAUGAAUUCUUAACCUGUCCUCCUUUGAUCUCAGUCUGGCCACUUCUUCAGUACUGAGUGAUGGAGCUUGACAGUAUACUCUUUUUAGAGUCCCAAGUUAUUUUGCUGAGGGUGCACUCUUCAAAACAUCCCUUGCUUGAUAGCUGUUGUCAUUUUUAGAUACUUUUGAGUUCAGUUUCAUUUUAGAGUUGGGUUAUAUGAAGUCUUCUGUCCUGUGAGGAGCUCUUAAAUGUUCAGUUAGUGAGCGUGACAAAUCUUCAAAAAUGGUUUCUCAUGGAAACUAGUCUUUAUCGAGGUAAAGACUGUGGAACAGCUUUUUAGCUUCUUUAUUUGUGCAAAAAUGUGAUGGCACCUUUUGUUGAGUGCAGCUUCUCUCUGAGUCUGGAUUUCAGAAUAAAAAAAAUGCCUGCAUAAAUCAAUCUCUCUCUCUCUCUCUCUCUCUCUCUCUCUCUCUCAUGCUCUCUCUUUCUUCCUCUGUUGCUUUCAGUGUGUAACUGUUAGUUAUCUUUCUUUCUUGGCAGGUUUUCAGCUGGAAAAAAAAUAAUUUUGCUUAAGACGGAAAACCCAGUUGUGUGUAUGUGUGUGUGUGCGUCUCCUUUUUAAUAAAACACUCCUUUUGGUUUUCCCAAAAAGACAAAAAGCUCCACUUGUACAGGACCGUGUGAUUUGUGGCUAUGUAGUUCAUAAAAAUGAGUUGGUAUGCUAAUGGCUUGUUUACCCAAUGUGCACUGAGCGUUUUACAUGAAUACUGUACUGUUUUACAUCAAUACUGCAUGCUUUUCUAUGUGGAAUGAAUAAAAACAAAGUCACAAGCACCGUAA